UCACUGGUACAUCGUCUCUUACGUUUGUGGUUUUCAUGGCAUCUGCCCUCGCUGAGCAUUCAGCGCCACAGAUUGUCCAGAAAAUCACUAGAGACCUCACUCAUGUCGAAAGCAGCAAGCUGCCCGACCCCAGAUUCGAUCUGAAUAAGUAUCAGGAGCUGCAUGAGGCGAACAACAAGCACCUGAGAGUCCCGGACAGCUACCUGGAACGUCUACUCUUGGAACGGAUGGAGAAACGAUCAUCCAUGCGUGGAUUCCAAGGUAUGCGCGGCAAAAAGAACGAGUUUGAUUUGCCUCCAUUCUUCGCUGUGCAGAUUCCGGAGUCUUCGUACAAUGGUCUCGGAAAUUACUACAAUAAACGAGCACGUAUGGGUUUUCAGGGGAUGAGGGGCAAGAAGGACCUUGAGGAGAUGCUGAAUGAGAUGGAAAAACGUUCAAAAAUGGGAUUUCAGGGCAUGCGAGGAAAGAAAUCUGAAAAUUACGAGGAGCAGGAACCACAGAUCAUCGAGGAAUACCGUAAGCGAGCACCUAUGGGUUUCCAGGGUAUGCGAGGUAGAAAGAGUAGCUUCCUCGAAGAGCUUGAUGAACUUGAGAAACGAGCACUACUCGGAUUUCACGGUAUGCGAGGUAAAAAAGAUAUACCAUAUGAGCGAGAGCAAAUACCAAUGGAUAUUGAUGGUUAUGUAGAAAAACGUCCAAUGAUGAUGGGCUUCCAUGGAAUGCGCGGCAAACGAAAUACAAAUUAUUACGAACAGCAGCAGUGAAGUUGCACUAUGGACGGCUCUGAACGAUGAGUAAUGGCGCCGAAUUUAGCACUGAUCCGGGAGGCAACGACGUGGCUGGGGGCGAAUUACGUCACAUCCGACCCCGGCCUUUGCCCGCUGCUCUCUCAACGACCCCUUAUAAAAUAUGUUUUUUAAAAUUUCAGUUUUUUUGUUAAAGACUUUCAAACACUAUUCACAUUCGAUUCUUUAUAAGUCUUUUCCUUUUGUGCCUCUGAACUUUUCUUUGAGAUAUCCAGUAUUAUCAUGAUUCGUCGUCGAUAUAUAUUGUUAAUAUGCGGUUCAAUAUCUACUUGAAGUAUUAAAUUUCAUAAAUGACC